UCCCGGCUCAGUAAUAUUCUCAUAGCGGGGCUUUGCAUAUCUCCUGCCCUAUCUGUGUGUGUCUGUCACUGUUACUGUAGUCCCAGCCUAUAGUUUGGAAUAGAUAUGGAAGGAGACGGGAGUCAAGCCACAUCCGGAAGCCUAAAUGAUUCACAACAUGACCCGGGUAAAAUGUUUAUCGGUGGCCUCAGCUGGCAGACCUCACCAGACAGCCUUAGAGACUAUUUUAGUAAAUUCGGAGAAAUAAGAGAAUGUAUGGUGAUGAGAGACCCCACGACAAAACGCUCAAGAGGAUUUGGAUUUGUUACGUUUACAGAUGCUGCCAGUGUAGAUAAAGUCUUAGCUCAACAGCACCACGAAUUAGACUCAAAGACGAUUGAUCCUAAGGUUGCCUUUCCCCGACGCGCCCAGCCUAAGAUGGUCACAAGAACAAAGAAAAUAUUUGUGGGUGGCUUGUCGGCAAAUACAGUAGUGGAAGAUGUGAAGCAGUAUUUUGAACAGUUUGGGAAGGUUGACGACGCCAUGCUUAUGUUUGAUAAGACUACUAACAGACAUAGAGGAUUUGGUUUCAUAACUUUUGAGAGUGAAGACAUCGUAGAGAAAGUCUGUGAAAUUCAUUUUCAUGAAAUCAAUAACAAAAUGGUAGAAUGUAAGAAGGCCCAGCCCAAGGAGGUGAUGUUCCCACCAGGUACUCGAGGGCGAGCCAGGGGUCUGCCCUACACCAUGGAUGCCUUCAUGCUGGGGAUGGGCAUGUUGAGUUACCCUAAUAUUGUGGCAACGUAUGGCCGUGGAUACACUGGAUUCGCACCCAGCUACAGCUACCAGUUCCCUGGCUUUCCAGCGACAGCAUAUGGACCGGUGGCGGCAGCGGCAGUAGCAGCAGCGCGUGGCUCAGGUAGGGGGGCCCGUGGAAGAGGCGGCUACUUGGCGUACCCACAGAGCACAGGGCCAGGCCUCCCCGAUUAUGGGUUUUACUCUACGCCCAGUGACCAGAGGGGGGGGCCCUGCUCCUUUGCUGACUAUGGCUCCCUGGGGCCCCAAGCGGCUCAGAUGCUGCACAGUGAGCAUGCCACCUCCGCCUGCAACUCCCCCCUACAGCACCUACACAGCCCGGAUCAAUUUAAGAACCCAGGCGGCAACCCUUCAAGGCCCGGAGGUUUCCCUGGUGCUAACAGUCCAGGGCCUGUGGCUGACCUGUAUGGACCUAGCAGCCAGGACUCAGCUGUGGGCAACUACAUCAGUGCUGCUAGCCCUCAGCCUGGCUCUGGGUUUGGCCCCAGCAUUACAGGCCCGUUGAUUGCGACAGCUUUUACAAAUGGAUACCAUUGAACAGGUGGCCGGUUGCCAUCUCAUCAGAGCAGAGUAUAUCUGGUGGCCCAGGACAGACAGGACGAAGUUUCUAAUUGGCUUUGUGUGCAGGUGAUGCUAAUCCAACUUCAAGCACUACAGCGUCACCCUGGCAAAAUGGACGAAAGUCGGAACCAUAUGAAGAAGAAAAGAAAACGUUAGUCAUCUCAGAAAAAAAUAACUGCUGUACUAUAAUCCAAACCUUCUAUAACUUUACAACCUGGUUUGGUCUGAUGUUUCACGUCCAGCUCAUUCACCGAUUUCCUUCCUCUGUUAGCUUUUCUUUUGACUUUCAGUGUCAUUUUUAGUUUAACUUUGAUUUUUGUCUCGAUUAAUUUUAUUUUCUAGUAGUGUUGUGUAAAUGGAUUUUUCUUUUUUUCAUUUUUCUUAUUUUUGUUUUUUCUCUCUGUCUUAUUUUUCUUGUUUUUUCUGUUUGUUUUUUUUUGUUUGUUUGUUUUUUUAAGUACGUGGGUGGGGGGGUCACAGCCAAGAAUAUCUGCAAGUCAUGUCUUCAUCUUCGUAUUGGUUAGUGUAAAGGAGAAAAAAGACUGGGAUGAUUCCAUUCAGUCCUCCUGCAAAAAAAGAAGCUCUUGGAGAAAAAAAAAAAAAACAUUUAAAAGAAGGUAUCUAAGUAAUAAAUUUUAGUAGCCGUUUUAUUUCUUGUGAUGUCUCAUUGUAAACCAUAAUUACCUAUUUUUGGGCAAUACAAAGAGGACUCCAAUAUUUUUAUGGUCCUUUUUUAUAAGUGUUGUUUUUGUUGUUUAGAAAUAUAUAUAUAUGCUAUAACAAAUUUCAUAUAACUACAUUGUGAACUCAAACUUGAGAAAAAGAAAUGUAGCUGUACAUAUUAUUCCAAUCACUGCAUAUAACCGACUCAGUGAGAGAAUAGCAUAUUUUUGUGAUGGUGUGUCAAAAGAACAUGUUAUAGCGUGUGAAUAGAAGAAAAAGCUGUAAACAGUUAUUAUUCUUUUUUUUUCUCUUCUUCUUUUUCUUUUUUUUCUGCUGGACGACGAUGUAACAAGCCCACACACAAACAGAAACACACUCGCUCUGUAAAUACUGAAGCUGAAUAAUUUUACAAGUGUCAUACCAGCAAAUUUACAACCGGUGAGUUAAGUCAACACAGUUUUGAGAAAUAGUAAUUAUAAUGAUGAUUUAAAAAAAAGAAAAAAAAAACUGAUUGGUAUCUUUUGUCUAACUGUUAUGAUAUCAGUAUCAUUUCAAAGAGAAAGAAAAAAAAAGAUGAUUUAAUCCAAAGCACACUGUACGUAGACGUGAAGAUAAGAACUUGAACCAGGCAUUUUCCAGUGCUCUGUGCAUCCUGACACUUUUAUACUCUUGAGAGGAACUUGUUAGCUGUGUGUUGUUUGUUUCAUCCUGCUUGUUCCUGAUUCACUUCAUGGAACACGAUAACCUGGGCUCUGUGCUAGAGCCUUUAUACUGCUUGUUCUAUGAAUCAGUUCUUUUUGAAUGAAAUUAGGAAAGUAAACAUUUUGAUACCAUACCUCAGCCUUUAUGAGUUCUAUCGUGGAGUCAUUGGCAGGUUUAAUUUAUUCUAGUGGCAAAAAUAAAUGAAAACACUGAAAGGUAAUUAAGUGAGUAAUCAUUGCACUGUGAGUUUGUAAAGUACAGGCCAUUCUCCUGUUUGCACAUGUGUAUGUUGGCUUUUUAAAGAAAAAAAAAAAAGGCUCUGUGCUUUGGGAGAGCAUGAAGGAUUUUGGGGUUAAUGUAUUUUCAACUAGACAAACAUCUCAGUUUUCUGAGGUGAGUUACCAGCUUGGGAAAUAGUAACUGAUAUGUUGCAGUGUACACUUGGAUUUCUUUAUAUAUUAGACCCAUGUCUCAUCUGAGGAUAUUUAUACAGGGUCAAAAGAUGACACUGAAUUAUUCACUAUCUGUUCCUGCACCUGUUUUUACACGGUAUGUGUGGUUAAAGGUUUUACUCCAGACAGUGAUUUAUUAAUAAUAACAAUGACGAUAAUAAUAAUAAUAUGCUCCAGAGUGUAGUCUGGCUUUUAACUUCAUUGAUGCCGUUGCAGAUGUAUGUGUUGUUUUUUAUUUUUAUUUUACGCACUUGUUGUCUCAUUUCUUUUUUUCUUCCCCCAAACAACCAGGUAAAGAAAUAUGCUGGAUACUUCAAAAGUAAAUGGAGGUGUGAUCAAGUAAUAAUUUAAAUAUAUAAAAAAUAAAAAAAAACUAUGUAAUGUUCAAAUGUAAAAGAAAAUAAGAAAUACAAAACUAUAAAAAAAAAGAAAGAUGCUUCUUUGCUGAUUUCAAGUUUAAUCAGAGUUUUAUUGAGACUUUGUGGUUUAUAUAUUAAUAAUUGUAAUAUACUAUUAAAAUGUACUGUGCAUCCAUUACGUUCUCUCUUUCCAUCCCCCAUCCGCAGAGAUCCCGCUCUCUUUUGUUGAUCAUCCAUGUAUUUCAUUAGUGUGUAAAGAAAUCACAGUUAACUUGUAAACAGAGUGCUGUCUUUGAUACCAGUGUAGUGCUCUUUGUUGUUCUCCCUUGCUCUACCUCUCCUUUCUCUCAUAUUUAUCCCUCCCCUUCUUGCGCUCGUUUUCUAUCUCCUGUAAUUACAAAGUAGAUGUUAUAUAGGACUCAUUAAUAUAAUACUUGUAGUGAAUAGUGGAUUUAGGACCAGUCAAGAUAGAUCUUUCUCUCAAUGAUCAUGUUCUGAUAUUUGCAGACAAUUAUUUUGUUUGAGGUUCAUUGUAAUUUAUUCCCUGUAUGUUUUUUUUUUCUUUCUUUCUUUCUUUAUUUGGUUUUGCCACUCUAACAUGGUUUCAGCUAACCAAAGCUCUCAUGAAUGAACAAUGGAGAAAUAGUUGCUGUAAGAUGGAAUUGUACACAAGGCAUUAUUUGGAUCCCCACCCUUGAAUGUUUUUAAAGGGGUGUGCCAUACUACCUUAAAUGCUAACGCUAGAUAUGCAAAACUUUUGUUUUGGAUUUUUUUUUUAAAGAGGGACACAAGCUAAAAUAAUGGAAACAGAUUUUAUGUUAAAAAAAAUUAAAUAAACAAAUUCUAAAUAUUUUUUAAACAUACCAGUGAUUACCACAAUAUUAAUGAAAUCAAAAGUCACACAGCUUUCUUCAGCGCUUCCUCCUAUUAAUGUUUGUUUGGGAAAUAUUCCAGCCUGCAGCAUGGUUAUCAUCAGAUAUACCUUCUGAUCUCUUGAUGUUAAAAAACAUAAUAUAAUUCCAAUAAUUUUAGAUUCUGGAAGAUGAGUUCUGGUUUGAUCUGUUGUCAAUGUUGCUUACAUUACAGAGGUGUUAUUGCAUAAACAUACAGAAAUUUAAUUCAGUAAAUAUUGGCAUGUAUAAUGACUGGUUAAUACAGUAGAUGGUUAAAUGAUUAUUUUGAAUCAGACUAGCACCCUGAAUCAGCAGUUCAUCCCUGGGAUUAAAAAAUAUUACGAAACCUGAAAGUCAAAACCACAAAAUACGUCACAAUUUAACUGUUAGAUUUAAACAGACAGCAAACGCAACCCAAUUAUAAAGCUGCUUUGAUUUCAUAUUGAGCAUAAUCAACAUUUUAUAGCAUUUAUUCAGUUUACUCCACCUCACUGGUUCUAGAAAUAAAGUGCUGUUCCAUUACUGUUUAAUAAAAGAACAUUAAUCUACUCAUUCUUCUUGACCAUUACAAUCUCAUAAUACAUAGAAAAAAAUUAGGGUGUACAAAAGUACACAAAGCCUUUGUCAGGGACGAUAAAAGGCAAAUUAUUGUCAAAUUAAUUUAGCAAGCACACAGAGUUUUGCAUUUAAUAACAGACAAAGAUCAAUUUAUUCAAGCAUUCAGUGUCGACAUGUUAAAGUUGGAGAAUAAUCAACCUUUAAAGGGGAUUAAUGACAUUCAAGAGAAAUACAAUAUUUAUAGAAACAAAUGUAUUUACACAUGCUUGUGUAUGACAGAUUUCUCAUUAAUAAAACAUUUAUGAACAUCGGAGAAGUCAAUCAUUCAAAUAUACUAAUCUAUGUCAACUUUUAUUCUGACAAGUUUAAAUAAAGUGUCCCAUUUGUUUAUUUGCAGCACUACAUAUUUAACUGUUUUUUUUAUGAAUAAGAAGCUCAAACAUUACAAAAAUGACCCUAAAAGCUGCUCAGAAGCCCCAGUCAUUUAGUUUUGUUGCCAUUACUUAAAAUAUCUAUCAUCUUUUCCCACUUUGUGGUUGUUAGUGGAUUAUAUUUAGCAUGUUUUCCUUUAAAGAAGGAAAAUAAAAAAGCUUGAAAUGACUAAUUAUCCCUCAUGCAAUAAACAAAAUUGACUCCUCUAUUGUUUUGUGAUACUGUAGCUUGGACUUUAAGGUAGCAUGGCUCUGUUGCUGUAAUUUCAUUUUGUCUCAAACUGACAGCAGUUUACAGCUGAUGAAUGUUACACAUCUUAGUAGACUAGCUUAUCCAUUUGGGGAAGAGGGGAGGGGUCUUGGUUUAGAAAAAAAAAAUAAUAAUCAACAAAGAAAAAAAGUCAACCUGGAAGUUGUUGACAUUUGUAGUGUACUACCGUAUCCAUUUAAACUUGAAUCUCGAGGCAAGUGCUAGGCAAUGGCCAAACGAUAUAUCCCAUUUGUUCUGGGAAAAUCCCACCCUGAAACCACACACUUCUGGUAUUUCUGUCAUCUUGGACUUGAGUGUGUUUUCUCAAUAUGAACCAUCUCCCAAAAACAGGGAGAUCAGACAAAGACUUUUUUAGGCUCUACUCUAGUUCCACUAAUUUAGACUGACUUUGAAGGCUCAUUGAAUGUUUUUGAGCAUUUCCAUCCAAAAGAGGCUUAUUCAUAGUGGUGCUAAUGGUUUUAAAUCAGACAAUGUGCCCUUAUCUCUGAGAGAUAGUGGAUACAGUCACAGUGACCGCAAAGUUAGUCUCCCAGGCCACAAAGUGACUCAUUAACAUUACUAUUUAUAGUUUUGGCUCUCUUGUUACAGGAUGAAUGAUCAGUUCUGUUCACAUAUCUGGUUACAUAAUAAAGAUCAGUUCAUGUUAACAAAUGUAGGCUGAACUCCUGAAGGUGACAGAAAUAGCAGGAGUUCACCUGUGGGGUCAUGUUUUAGGGGGAAUUUCCUCUUCAGUCCAAACCAUUUCCAUCCCACUCAUACUCAUUACUAAAUAUAUAUACAUGUACAAUUGCAAUAUAUAUGUAUAUGUGUGUAUAUGAAUAUAUAUUUGCAAUUUUCACACAUUUGACCUUGUCUGAAUAAUAUUAGACUGGAGACCUCAGCUGUAUACAGAAUUUUCCUCACAAAACGACACCAGGUUCAUGUAGUCCGAUCGUCAUCAUUAGCUUACAACGUGAAAGUUCACCCCUGGCGUGUUGUCGAGUUUGGAGCAGACCACAUGGCCAAGAGGGGAGCCUGGAAGCUCUUCAGACUGCAUGGACGGCAGUGUGAGGCUCUGCUGUGCUUCCAUGUUUCUGCAGGCUGAGCACAGAGCACUCUUCACUGCUGUCUGCCCAUUCCUAACACUUGCCCCUGUUUUUUUAUGUUAACCGACUUUUUAUGGCGAGAGACAGACAGACUUGACUGACAUCUGAAAGCAUCUUUCAGGUUAUCAUAUGGCUUGCUUAAGCCCUAUUGUAAAAUAUACUAAAAUAAUAAUGGUAAUAAUAAUGGAUGGGGGUCUCUCACAUAUCAAAUGUGGAAAGUCUAAUUUUAUAUUUGUAUUUUCAAAUAAUAAUAUUGACAAAAAAAAUGUCUGUGAAAGGUUUCCAUCCUCUACUGUGGUCCAGAAAUUGAUGUGUCUGUCUGGAAAAUAAAUAAAAUAAACUGAAUUGUUAUAUUA